CACACACACUCCCCCCCACCCCCCGCCCAGGCCCCGAUGAAAACAGAUCCGAGUUGUCCCGGGGGCGAGCUCCUGGCUGCUUUUGUGGUUUAACGCCCCCCCACACACACACUUCUUGCUCCUGAACGCCAAAACUUGGGAGCCGCGAUCAUGGGGCGAGCCGAGGAGCUGGUGAGGAUUGCAAAGAAGCUGGAUAAGAUGGUGACCAGGAAGAACACAGACGGAGCUCUUGAUCUGCUGAAAGAACUGAACGGCUACACUAUGACCAUCGAGCUGCUGCAGUCCACGAGAAUCGGCGUGGCCGUCAACACUGUCCGGAAGCAGUGCUCGGACGAAGAGGUGGUGGCCCUGGCGAAAAUCCUCAUCAGGAACUGGAAACGUCUGCUAGAGUCCUCGGGGACUCCGAAGAGAGAGAAGGCCCUGGAAGGGCAAAAGAAUAAAAAAGAAAAAAGUCUCGACUUUCCCAGCUGGCAGCCUGAAGGGGCGAAUUCCCAUCCAGUGAAAUGCUGCAAAAGCCCCGCUGAGAAGCACAAGGAAAAGCACAAAGAAAGGGACUUUCCCAAUCAUAAGGCAGUGGGCCCUCUUCCUGGCUUGAAGAAACAUUCAUCGGAUCAGAAACAGGACAGGAAAUCCAGCAAGUCCGGCUCUCACACGGCAACCCCAAAGAGUCAUUCUGCAGACUCCAAGCCAGACAGGGAGACCAGCAACUGCAGAGCCCUUCCCGCCACCUUGAAAAAGUCGCACUUGGACGGCAAGAAAGAGAGGACAUGGCCCUUCCUCCCCCGCUUCUCUUUCAGGAGAGACUCUACAGACUCAAGAUCUUCCACCAUCACCGCUUCCUCCUCCUCUUCCUCCCCUCAGAAGAGACCAUCGGUGGAAAGGAGGCCCUCUACAGGCUCCAACCCAGCAGCCUCUCCCCCUGGCUCUCGGAAGAACUCCAGUGAUGGCAAAGAGGAAAGACCCAACAGUGCCAAAUCCAAACCCGAGACCCCCAAGACUCCCAGCAGCCCCUCGAGCCCCACGUUCGCACCGACCAUCUGCUUCCUGGCGUCCUGCUACCUCACGGGAGACUCGGUCCGGGACAAGUGCGUCGAGAUGAUCUCGGCUGCCCUGAAAAUGGAUGAUGAUUACAAACAGUUUGGAGUCAACUGUGACAAGAUGGCCUCUGAAAUCGAAGAUCAUAUCUUCCAGGAGCUGAAGAGCACCGACAUGAAGUACCGCAACCGCGUGAGAAGCAGGAUCAGUAACCUGAAGGACCCCAAGAACCCCAACCUGCGGAGGAAUGUGCUGAAUGGAGCCAUCUCCCCCAGCCUCAUUGCUAGGAUGACUGCAGAGGAAAUGGCGAGUGAUGAACUGAAGGAGCUGAGGAACGCCAUGACUCUAGAAGCCAUCCGGGAGCAUCAGAUGGCGAAGACCGGGGGCACCACCACGGACCUUUUCCAGUGCGGCAAGUGCAAGAAGAAGAAUUGCACUUACAACCAGGUCCAGACGCGUAGCGCCGAUGAACCCAUGACAACGUUCGUGCUGUGUAACGAGUGCGGGAACCGCUGGAAGUUCUGCUGAGGCCGCUCCUGUUUGCACCCGGGCCACCCGCGGAGACGAUGCAGCCGGACGGCAAAGGAGAAUCUCUGACCAUCCAAAUUUGAAACUGGGGGUGGGGGUGGGGGGAGGGGAAGGGAAGAGAACUAACCUGUUGAGAGAGGAGCUGAAAGUCCCUCCCUUUUGGCUCCCGAGAAUGUAAUGAGGAUUCACUCACUGGCUAGAGGGAGGGAUUGUUUGGCGUUAGGGGUACCCGAGCCUCAAGCCCAGAAGGUGCGAUGCCAGGGUGUCAGCCCCUAGGAGACUCCUCUUUUUUUGAUGUCUAUAUUUUGACUGGAGUGAUCAUUGGAACCCUAGCCUGGAAGGACCUGCUGGGUCAUUCUAGUCCAUCACCCUGGAGGAAGCAGUGGGUGCGUGGAGCAUGACAGAGCCCAGGGGAAAUCUGCCCUGCCAGAGGUUUUGGGGUGCUGUUUGUCGAGCUCACAGGAAGUAGCCUAGCAGCAGCCGAGGUGCCCAGCCCCCUCGCCCGUGCUCGUCCCUUUCAUUGGCCAGGUUAAGCUGACCCCUGUUUGUUUUUAUGAGCUGGGUGAUCCCUGAAUCUUGGCGGCCUGUCUCUGGCGAAUCUCCCUGUUAUGCAUGGGAGCGGGGCUUUCCAAAUCCCAGGCAGCAUUUGCUUUCGGAGGCAGAGGCUUCCUACUGUCCCCUGCCCAGGGCAAUCCACAGGCCGGUGUGUCUCAAAUUGUCAUUCCUGGAGUGAAGACUCCCGUCUACCCCCCUCUGCCUGAACCGAUCUGGAAGGCAGCUCUCCGGGGCUGUGUCGGCAUCAGUCCUCGCACAAGCCACCAGGGGGCACCGAAAGCCCCUUCCACUCUGCCCUUGACACCACCCUGGGGAUGCUCCCGCUCCGGGGACGGAGCAGGUGGAGUCCUGCUGGCUGACACCCAGGUCCCUGGGCUGCGAUGAAGUAUUGCCAGGGGUGUGCUUGGCUUCUGGCAUGCGUUUUGCACGGACGUAUGUGUAACCGGCUGCUGGGAGGGCUGGUCUUCUAACGGAUGGCGUUUCGGCUCUGGGAUGGGGGAAGUACCAUGAGAAGAGACCAGUUCUCCCCUUAUUUCAGCCCCACUAUAAAGGGCUGUUGGGGGCAACAGGCGACACACAGGCAGGCAACUGCCACGCUGUUUGGGCUCCCCCAGACCCAUAGGCACAGCCUUAUAGGCUGCUCUCUGGCUCCCCUGGGCAGUUCUCCAUAUAGAAUCAUAGAAUAUAAGGGUUGGAAGGGACCCCAGAAGGUCAUCUAGUCCAACCCCCCUGCUCGAAGCAGGACCAAAUCCCAGUUAAAUCAUCCCAGCCAGGGCUUUGUCAAGCCUGACCUUAAAAACCUCUAAGGAAGAAGAUUCUACCACCUCCCUAGGAUAUAGGAUAGAUAGGAUCUACUAGGUAUGUAUACCCUGUAGAGUUAGCACUCAGCUCCCCUUGUCUUCACCGGGCUCUCGGGCUGCUUUGUGGUGUGUGGAUGAGAGGGAUUGUAAUGGGGUUGAAGGUGGCUGGGAAUUAGGGUGCAGUAGAGGAACCAGUAGAACAGCGGGAGCCUUCUCACCCAAAUCAGGGCAGACAUUCUCUUUACAUGUGGGUAUUUUCCCUGAGUGUGGUCACAACACACUCUGCUCUGACGCCCAAACUCCCCCUGCAAAAACAGCUAACAGAGGGAGAUGGACUGCCUUUAAUUCCUCCUCUGCUGGCAUUUCGGUGGUGCAGUCCUGGAGUAUUAAUCCUCCAGCCAGCCAGUGAGGGAUUUCCUGCCCUUCAGUGGGAAGUCCAUUGAAUGACAGCGAGCUCCUGUUUUAAAACCAGUGACCCUCCUUUCCUUCCCGAGAAGAUGAGAGCUGAAGAUGCACAGGGCUUUAGCUGCACCUGUUCGUGGGUCUCUCCUUCCCAUUGGUGACUUGUUUUCUGCAAACUGGAUAUUACACAAAGACUUGAUCCUAAUUCCCUGCUACACUUGAUCCUGGAACCUGAUUUUAAACCCCACACCCCGAAGUGCAGUUACUCUUCGUUGUAAAUAAUUGUGCCCUUUCUUGGCGGCUGCCUCUGUGUAUCCUGAUUCCAGGUGGGAUUGGCCAAGGAAAAUUCCAGGCGAGGGAGGCUGUUCUUAACAGUACGCCUGACCCAAGAGGAGCAGGAGUCACAUGGGGGGAAGCUGUUAUUCAGCGCCAUCUCCUACCUUCAGCACCAAACUUUUGGGGGGGUUAACCACUCUGAACUGGGGAGACUUUUGAGCUUCACCGAGCGAGACUGGAAAUCACUGGGCCCCAUGCUGACAGGCUGAAGGAGGUAGAGGAGUGGCAGGAUAGAGAAGAGAAAGCACGGGGGUGGGAUGGGAUAGAGGGUCAGAGCUCCUGCCACCUCAAUCCUGCUCUUAUGACCCACUUCAGGCUCAGCACAGACAGGGCUGGGUGCCUGCCUGCUUUCAUCCCUUUAUCUCCAGCAGUCAGGGGGCCGUGGCGCUACUCCCCUGCCAUACACAGCGUAUGGAUCAGCCAGCUUUGUUUUCUCUCUAAGAUAGAAUGUGUCCCUGCUCCCCCCAAAAAAGUGGGGGUGAAAGGGAGAGCAAAUCUCCAGCUAGAGCAAUAAAGGUGUAAAGAGUG